UUCAUCAUUGGUAGAAACAAGUGUUUUUCCACGUGCUCGAAGAGUGUAACUCGUCAUGUGUGUAUGAAUUUGUAAAAAGUUGUAAUGAUCUCAUUGCAUGAUAAAAUAAUUCGUAUUUUGACAGAAUGAAAGUUAAGAAGGUUCAGGCUGAGUGGGUUCCUUUAAAAUUGGAAGGACCUAUUCUCUCAGAAGGGAUAGGUGGAUUGAUUGGAGUGGAAGAGCUAACACACUAUAAGUUGCAAAAAGGUAGUAAAUUUUCACGAAGUAAUGACAGGAAACGUAAAAUUAAUCAUGUGCAGAAAAAUGAGACAGAUGUCCACAGCGAGGACGAUUUUGAAGAACCAGAUUCUAAGAAACGUCACUUGAGUGAAUUGAAAAAUUUGGAACAUGGAGUUAAGAAGAAAAAGAAAAAAAAUAAUCAGAAUGUGAAAAAGAAGCAAUUAUUACAAAAGUCAGAGGAAGAUACCGUAAAUCACAAUAAAGAUACAUCCGAUGCGGAUAAGUUAGAAGUUGCAGAUUCUGAGACUAAUAUCAACGUUUCAGCAUGGACCUCUCUUGGCGUUCCACCGAUAAUCAUAAAAGCUUUAGCGGAUCAAAAUUUUGAAGUACCGACAGCUAUUCAGAAUUUAACUCUUCCUCCGGCAUUAUUGGGUCGCAGAGAUAUUUUAGGUGCUGCAGAGACGGGUAGUGGCAAAACACUAGCAUUUGGUAUUCCAGUAAUUGCAGGGAUUUUAGAAUUGAAAAAACAACAAAGUGCCGACCAUGGGAAAGAAAACGUUGAAAUUACUGAUACUGCAAUUGAAUCAGAUUUUGAAGAAGAUGAUUCGGAUGAUUCUUUGUCAGCCGAUGAAGGCAUUGGAUGUGUGAAAGUUAUUCAUAAUGUAAACAUUGAUGGAAUGCAGUCUUCUCCAUCUAAACCUUUGUAUGCAUUAAUUUUAACGCCAACAAGAGAACUGGCUAUACAAAUCAAAAAUCAUCUCACGAAAGCAGCAAAGUAUACCGAUAUUAAGAUUGCUGUAGUAGUUGGCGGAAUGGCUGCUGUAAAACAAGAACGGAUCUUAAAAAUGGGACCAGAAAUAGUUAUCGCUACUCCCGGACGUUUAUGGGAACUUAUGGACAGCGGUGAACCUCACUUAAGUCAAGUGAAUGCAAUCAGAUAUUUAGUAAUCGAUGAAACAGAUAGAAUGCUUGAAAAGGGUCACUUUCAAGAGUUGCACAAAGUUUUAGAAAAAGUCAAUGCAGACGAGACCCUGUCGAAGCAACGCAGAACGUAUGUUUUUUCAGCCACGUUGACAAUGGUACAUGAUAUUCCUGAGUACUUGAAAGCGAAAAAGAAAAGGAGCAACAGUAACAAAAUUGUCAAGGAGUCACCGGGACUAAAAUUGCAAAAAGUAAUACACUUAUUGAAGAUGAACAAUCCAAAAGUCGUAGACGUCACCAAGGAAUCGGGAACUGCAGGAAGUCUGACCGAGUGCUGCAUAUCCUGUCCGAUAGAUCAUAAAGAUUAUUAUAUCUACUACUUUUUAAAAAGGCAUUCCGGCAGAACGUUGGUAUUCUGCAAUAGCAUCGGUUGCGUCAAAAGAUUAGCAGCUCUAUUGGGGAAACUCGAGUGCAACCCAUUACCUCUGCACGCGAGUAUGCAGCAGAGACAACGGCUCAAGAAUCUUGAACGAUUUCAGGCAGACGAUGACGGUCUCCUGAUAGCUACCGAUGUUGCUGCCAGAGGCUUGGAUAUCCCCAGUGUCGAGCACGUGAUACACUAUCAAGUCCCAAGAACGUCCGAGAGCUACGUGCACAGGAGCGGUAGGACUGCGAGAGCGCAGAAGGAAGGAAUAACGGUCCUGAUAAUAGAACCCUCGGAAGUCCAGUAUUAUACGAGGCUAUGCAGAACUCUUGGGCGCACGGAGGAAUUGCCCGUCUUUCCCGUAGUCGACUCUCUGCUGAUAGCGAUUAAGGAACGCGUUAAUCUUGCUAGGGAAAUUGAUAAGCUUGAGUUACGGUGUCGCAGAGAUAACGUUCAGAAAGGAUGGCUGAAGAGAGCUGUCGAAAAUAUGGACAUCGUUCUAGAUGAGGAUCAAUUAGAAACUACUAUGGAAACGAAGGAAAGUGCUGAUUUGCGAAGGCAGCUAAAGGCUAAAAAUCACCAGCUGACCGCACUAUUGAGGAAGCCACUAUUUCCGAAAGGGUUUUCUGGUAAAUAUCCGGACUUUAAUAUCAAGAACACACAGUUAAGUGGAGAUCCUCGAAAAGCAGUGGAUGUGAUGAAGCAAGAGAUUGAGAUAAAUCCUAAGAGGAGGAAGCUACGCUCUGACGUGUCUUUGAAGAAGAAGAGGAUGGAAAAGAUGAAAAAGAAAAAGGACGCUCGCCGCAAGAAGAAGAAUGUUUCCGAUAAGAAGAAAGACGUCCAUAACAAUAAGAAAGACACUUCCAACAACAAAAGGAAAGACGUUCCGAAUAAAAAGAGAGACGUUUUCAAUAAGAAAAGGAAUACUCCUGACAAAAGGAAACGUCCCAAGGCGAAAAAGAAGGGAUAGGGCAUCGACACAUUUAUUUAAUCAAAAUCUUUAUGAUGGUUGGAAAGUGAUUUCCUCGCUUGGGUGAUAUUGUAAAUGAAUAUCAUGGCCCAAAUAAGCGAAUGUGUUUACUCUACGCUUGAAUUACAUUAAGAUCCUUACGCA